GCCUUGCUCAGUGGUUGUUCCAGCCCUGCGUCCCCAGCAAGGGCCGGCCCUGAACUGGGGGGAAGGGACGGACACGGGGGAAGAAGCGUGUCCAGCAGGGCCCGCCCACAGCAUGGAGCCACCGAGCCGCCCCAGUAGCAGGGAAUGAUCCUGGGGCAGAAGGGGGUCCCGAGGACCCUCGCCAGCCCCUGGGAUUAGGCUCAGCCGCCACGCUGGGGUUUAGCGGGCACCUGAUGCCCAGCUGCCGAGUCUCCUCCCCUCUGGACUUUAACCCUGAGCCGAGGAGCCAGGCCGGGCAGGGGGAGGGCUAGAGCCCCAGACGGAGCUGGGGAGCGAGUGCGGUGAGCCGUGAGGACGGAUCGGGCAGGGGAGCUGAGGGCGCAGGCCAUUCCCAGAGGGUUUCUGGGUACACCGAGAGGCGGGCAGCUCGAGGCACAAUGUGGUGGCUCCUACUCCUCGGGGCCCUGCUGUGGGGCAGCCUGUGGCUCCUCCGAGACCGCCUAGUCCUGCCCCCCAGUGACGCCUUCGUCUUCAUCACCGGCUGCGACUCGGGCUUUGGCCGGCACCUGGCGCUGCGGCUGGACAGACGGGGCUUCCAAGUUCUGGCCGCUUGCCUGACGCCCAAGGGGGCAGAAAACUUGAAGCGAGCCGCUUCUCCUCGGCUCUGCACCACCCUGCUGGAUGUCACUGACCCCCAAAACAUCCAGCGAGCGGCCGAGUGGGUGGGGACUCUCGUGGGGAAAAGAGGGCUCUUUGGACUGGUGAAUAACGCGGGCAUUGCGGGGAUCAUUGGCCCUACCCCCUGGCUGAGCCUGGAGGAUUACCGCAAGGUGCUGGAAGUGAACACGCUGGGGCCCAUUGGCGUUACCCUGGCUCUGCUCCCCUGGCUGAAACAGGCCCAGGGGCGGAUCAUCAACAUCACCAGCGUCCUGGGCCGUCUGGCCGCCAACGGGGGUGGCUACUGUGUCUCCAAAUUCGGUCUGGAGGCCUUUUCCGACAGCCUACGGCGGGACAUCGCUCCCUUUGGGGUACGGGUCUCUAUCGUGGAACCAGGCUUCUUCCGCACAUCGGUGACCAGUCUGGAGAAUGUGGAGGGAGCCCUUCAAGCCUCCUGGGAGCAGUUACCUCCUGCCACCCAAGCCAGCUAUGGGGACAGCUUUCUCCCCAAGUACCUGAAGGUGCAACGGCUCAUCAUGAACCUGAUCUGUGAUGGUGACCUGGGCAAGGUGAGCAGCUGCCUGGAGCACGCACUAACGGCCCGAUACCCCAGAACGAGAUACAGCCCUGGAUGGGAUGCCAAGUUGCUCUGGCUGCCUGCCUCCUACCUGCCUGCCAGCCUAGUCGAUGCUAUACUCACUUGUGUUCUUCCUAAACCUGCCCAGAUGGGCUGCUGAACCCAUUCAGCUCGAGGAAACUGAGGCACAGAAUGGGAAAAGGCUACCAUAAAACAAGUGGCCACCAGAGGGCGCUCCAGACACAACCUUCCCAGGACUAGAAGCAUUCUUCUGGGCUAGGUGCACUUCACGAGAUCACCACUAGGUGCCACAUUUGUCAGGUCUCAUCAGCCCCUCUCCAGUGCCACUUACUUCCCCGUCUCCCCAAGCCAUUCUUCCCUGGGUGAAGCAGGACAGCCAUCAAGACUGGCUUGGAAGGGGGCAGUAAAAGGAAGGUGAUGAUGCUUUCUGUUCAGGGAGCUCCAAAGGGUAUCCCCAGAAUUUUUGCACAUCACUUCUUCAGGGUUUCAGCCCAAGGUGCAAGCCUAAUCAUGAGCCACAGGCUUAAUAGGGAAGAUGGGCAUUCUUGGUGACAGGCCCCAGAAUCCUAUAGGUUCUUACUCCCCCCUUCCAUUCCCAGCUGUUUACGACUCACCUCACCACCCCCCAAUUAGAGUCCUGGUUUCUCCAAGCCAAAUUUCCCAUAACUACCAAGAUGGUGGGCUGUGGGACUGAGUAUAAGGAAAUAAAGAAGAUGGUGUGAGCAGAGGGAAACAUUAGAUGUGGACUCAUGAGAAAAGGGCCAUGGAGAUGAAAGAGAAGAUAAAAGAGGACAGCAUCAUGGUCUAGGACAGUGAUGGCAAACCUUUUAGAGACUGAGUGCCCAAAAUGUACCCUCACAUGCAUGUGAGCUGCCUUCUUAUCCCAGGCAGGGGAGGGAGCACUCCCAUUGGGUGCUGGGCAGAGGGGUGGGUGAUAGGAGAAAUAUCCUCAGGCACGUGGAGAGGGGGAAGGGAGCAGCCCCCUCCACCACACAAGCCAUAGGUUCACCAUCAUAGGUCUUGGAGAAGGACCACUGGAGAAAUAAAAGGACCCAGGCUCAAAUUUGAGUUGUGUACUUGGCAAAUGGGUAAUCACAGCCAAGUCACUCCCCCAUCCCAUUCUGAGCCUCUGAUGAACAACUUCUAAAGUUUCUUCCAAUACUGAAUAAUUUUAUGAUCCUAAGAGUGCACGAGGAGAGAGUGGGCAAGCACAAGACCUGAGAAAUAAAAAGGCCAGGGGCCAAGGACCCAAAGGAUAAACUGACACUUGACUUCUUUUCAGAGUGAAAAAAAAAAAUAAUCCAUUUUUCAUUGAAAAACCCAGGACACCAUAACCCACUCCACUGUUGCCAAGAGAAGGUGGGGAAGGGCCCAGGGGAGCCCUACAUCACCUCAUAGCCACUUCGGAUACUCUUCAUGAGGCAGCAGGCAAAGAUAACUCCCAAGAUCUGGAAGAAAAGAAGUGACUGUGACUAAGUGGGUGGGGCAGGAAAAAGGAAUCUGAAAUGGGCAGAGAAGGCCACUUUAGGGGAAUGGUGCCAAGCCUGGGCAGACCCAAACUAGGAAUGGCAGCAUACUCAGUAUCAUUCCCCAAGACGCCUGGGCUCUGUUCCACCCCACCCAGGGCACCCCCUCACCUCCACAAAUGUGAUGCCCAGAGCCACACCAGCCAACACCAAAGCUUUUUGCUUUAGCCAAUUUCCAAUGCUCUCCACACAGCCCUGGAAAGAUGCAAGAGGUUUUCACAAAGCCAUCUUACCCAUCUAAACCCUAUCCUGGAGCCUUGCUUCCCUGAGUCCCUCUUGUCCCAAGUCUGUUCUAUUUACUCUCUUAUACCUGAUGGCUCUCUUCAAUCCCAAACCAACCCCAACCUUUCCUUUCUUAUAUCGCCAAUCUCCCAGACACUCCUUGAGGUAAGGAUUCUACCCACAUUCCUCCUUCAAUGCGUCAAGCUCUUGACUUUUCGGAGAUCGCAAACUCCUCCAGUUCCCUUAAUCCCCAGUCCUCUUCUCUCCAGUCUUUUCGCUAUCCCUAGCCCCUAAUUCCACCUACUUUCUGGUUAAUGUCCGAAGGUUUGAAGCCACUUCCACAGCCGAGGGUAACAUUGACACAACAAGAGUCGGGAACCCUGUUCUUGGGCGUCAGGGGUAUGUGCUCCCAGUCUGUGUAGUUCGCUGCCCCACAGCAGUUGAACUAAAAUGGAGAGAAAGGUCAGUGAAGAGACUGAUAGGAAAAGAGGGAAGACCUUCUAGAUCUGUGGAUCUAUGGCCUUUUCAGUUACAUCCAACUCUUGGUAGAUCCCUUUGGGGCCUUCUUGUCACAGAUACUGGAGUGCUCUGCCAUUUCCUUCUCCUGCUUAUUUUACAGAUGAGGAAACUGAGACAAACAGGCCCCAGUGAUUUGCCCAGAUUUGAUACUCAGGAAUAUGAGUCUUCCUGACUCCAAGCCCAGCACUCUAUCCACUGUGCCAUCUAGGAACCCCUAGGUUUGUGGCUCAAUCAUUUUUCAGUUGUGUCUGCUAAAAUACCCCAAUGCACACAAGGCAACCAAGAUGUUGGGAAUUGGAAGCAACAGAAAGAAAAUGAAGCCAGCAGUGAGGCUUGAAAAGAUGGGACUAGGAGAAGGUGGGUGGCUCAGUGGAUUGAGAGCCAGACCCAGAGAUGGGAGAUCCUGGGUUCAAAUCUGUAUUCAGACAUUUCCUAGCUGUGUGACCCUGGGCAAGUCACUACCCUCAUUGCCUAUCCCUUACCACUCUUCUGCAAGAGAGAGAGAGAGAGAGAGAGAGAGAGAGAGAGAGAGAAAGAAAGAAAGAAAGAAAGAAAGAAAGAAAGAAAGAGAGAGAGAGAGAGAGAGAGAGAGAGAGAGAGAGAGAGAGAGAGAGAGAGAGAAAAGAAAAGAAAAGAUGGGGUGAGUUAAGCUCAGACUCCCCUUGGGUCAUCCUAUCCCCCAAAGCAUUUCCCUUAGUGGCCUCUCUAGGGAAACCUACUCCCACCCCUAAAGCACAUUAGAAAAAUAAAAUGUGAUAAUAUUU